AAUCUUAUCUACCAUAUGUUUUUAUACAACCCUGUUAUAUUUGGUAAACAAAAUGAGCGCGGCGUAGAUGAAAAAUCUAGCGGAAAAUUAUACAUUUUUUUUACCAUCAUUUAUAAAGCAAUCAUUUUGGGUACUUGUAGUCGCAAAAAAAUCGAACGAAAAAAAUAUCAUUCUUCAUUUAUUCCAUCAGCACUGACAAUGAGCAAUAACAAAAGAAGGAAAAUUGAACUGCCAACGAUACCUUGCAGCUGGAUUGGCUGCGAUGUACAAUGCAAUAACGAUUGGGAAUUAAAUGGCCAUAUCGAAGCACACUUGGAAGGCCUUAAGCCAGAUACUGCGGGCAAUUAUAACUGUGUAUGGGGAGCCUGUGAGUAUAGCACCCAGUGUAUAACACAGAUCCAUAGACAUAUCUUCUAUCAUGGUUAUUACAAUGGUCUCUUGGUGUUGGGCAGAUAUGAACUGGAGAACAAUAAACAAAUACCACGAUGCAAUGCUCCGCCCCGAGAAUGUGACAAAAUACCUGAAUUGAAUACAAACUUUCGUUGUGAAUGGACGGAUUGUGAGCGAACCUUUAUAUCGAUUGUGGAAUUUCAAGAUCAUAUUGUACAACAUGCUUCUUUCGAAUACGAGAUACAAAAAUCCCCGGAUGACGAAAGACCAAAAAUACAGUGUAAUUGGAAUUUUUGCAAAAAACAAAUGGACAAUAAAUAUCGCCUAAUCGAACACAUACGCACACACUCGAACAAAAAACAAGUGGCCUGUUUUCAUUGCGGUGAAUUAUUUAGGACAAAGACUACACUGUUUGAUCAUCUUAGACGUCAACCAGAUAAUAAUACUCAAAAAUAUCAAUGUGCCCAAUGUUUUAAAUAUUUUGCUACCGAAAAGUUGUUACGGUCUCACAUGAUUAAGCAUGUCAAUUGUUUCAAAUGCAGCAUGUGCGAUAUGACAUGUUCUUCCGCCAGUGCUUUAGCCACACAUGUACGUUAUAGACAUCUAAAGGAUAAACCUUUCAAGUGUGUUGAAUGUGAAUAUCGUUGCGUCAGAGAGUCAGAUUUAAAUCAACAUGUUCAGCUGGUUCACAGCCAGGAGGUUCAUCGUUGUGAAGAGCCGGGUUGUACUUAUGCUGUCAAAACCUUUCAGGCUUUAAGGAGGCACUAUUUGGAAAUUCACAAGAAUACAACAUUCAUAUACAUUUGUCAUUGCUGCGAUAAACCAUUUAAGAAUGGCAAAACUUUAUCCUCGCAUCUGAUCAAAAAACAUGAUUUCCAACUUCCAUCCGGCCAUCGUCGUUUUACCUAUCGCAUUGAUGAGAAUGGAUUUUAUCGCUUAGAAACAACACGUAUCGAAAGUCUAGAGGUAACUGAACAAAUACUAACACCAAAUUCAUUUGAAACAGCUGAAAUUACCCAGGAUAGCAGUUGUUAUGAAAUUAUUUCGAAAACAAAUAAACAAGAUGCCGCCCAACGUAUUAUUGUAUCGAACGAUAGUAAUGAAAAUAAGCUUAUAGGUGAAGUUGUAAUAUCAUUACCCUGUUUGGAUUGAUUUUUAGCUACAAUAUACUAUUACAAAGAACUGCAAAAAUUCAUUAGGCUGUUUUAAAGAUUAAACAUUUUCCUUUUUCUUCACUAUUUUAUAGUUAUAUAAAUUUAAAAAAGUUAUAAUGUUUGAAUCAAUUAAAUCAUAUUAUAGUACCCACAACAUAUAUAGUACAUACAUAUAAAAUCUAUAUUCAUUUUAGAGAGAGUUAGUUAAAUUAUAAGCAAUUUUUAAGCUACAUAAAUAAAUAUGAUUGAUAUGUUGUUAUCAUCAUAUCGAAACCAAAAUACUAUUUAAAUUACUUAUACCAUUAAAAAAAAACGUUUUAGUUUGCCAUUAUAUUAACUAUACAUUAGUAAUACAUAUACAUAUAUUUAAACAUGUAAUGCCACCACCAUUAUUUUAAUUUUUUUAAUUUUAUUCUCUACUCAAACCAAAUUAAUUUUUAUUUAAGUCAUAUUGUUACAGAUUUUCGUUGCUUAUAAGUGAAAAUUACGUGUGAUGCUCAUAUACUUUAAUUUUAUUUCUUAACAUUUUGUUUUUUAUGUUAAUUUGAUUUUGUCAAAAACUCUAGAAUUAAUUUUAUGACAAUAUUAUAUAUUAUUUAUAUGAAUAUAAAGUCUGGCAAAAAGUUGAAAAUUAUACAAGAACCAGAUUGCAUUGAAUAAUCAAAUAUAAAUACUAAAUAUAAAUUAAUUAAAAAAAUAAAUAUUAAAGUUAAAAA